CUGUCCUCUCUUACUUCUGCUUCUUACAGUUACUAUUCGGAAGAGACUCGUAUUAUUGCGUCAUCAGCUCGAACUAAAGUUGGUACUGGUGCAUCAAAAAUCUAUAGCAAAGAAUUACGGGACUUAGAUGAUGCUGAUUUAGAGGGUUUGUUAUCCAAGUUGUCGCCUGAAGAACUUGAAGAUCUCAACAAUGACUUUGAUCCUGAUAACUCUUUACUGCCACCAUCACAACGAUGUCGAAAUCAAACGAACAAGCAGCCAACUGGACCUUACCAGCGGGAUAAGUUGUUAUUAUUUUUGGAGGAAACAGCAAAACAAGAGAAAGAUUGGGAAGAAUGGGUACCCUUUAGUCCUGGAAUUAAACGUGGAGAUGCCGAUAAAAAUAAACUUGGAGAGAUGGAAAUGCCAAUUGAAUUGGACUUAGACGAUGAUGAAGAUGAUUUAAAUGAUGCAUUGAAUGCUGCUCAUGAAAAAGAUCUUGUCGAUUUAGCUGGUAUUCUUGGAAUGCAUAGCUUGCUUAAUCAACCUCAGUACUAUAAUGCUUUAAAAGGUAAAAGUCAGGAUGAAGCUACUGGAACUACUUUUCGAGGUGUUGUUAGAGCUUUUGAAGCCAAGAUUCUCCCUGAGGAGCCGGAAAAUGAAACAGAUGUUGAUGAUUGCAUCAAGAAACUUGAAGAAAACGAUGAUAAAAUGAUAGAAGUAAAUAUCAAUAAUAUGAAGCGAACAUCGAAAGAACGUAUCAAAGCUCUCAUCAAAGCAUCAUGCGGUAGUAAGUAUAUUCAGAAGCUAUCCAUGGCAAAUACUGCGAUUUCUGAUCAAGAGGCCAGAGGAUUGGUUGAUUUGCUAGAAACUUCACCUUCUUUGCGCAUUUUGAACAUUGAAUCCAAUUUUAUUACCCCCGAACUAUUAGCUAGAUUACUGCGUGCUACACUUGUCACUCAAAAUUUAAUCGAAUUUCACGCAGAAAAUCAGCGGGCAAGUGUAUUAGGAAAUCAGGUAGAAAUGGACAUGAUGCUAACAGUUGAAGAAAAUGAAUCCCUCUUGCGUGUUGGAAUAUCUUUUCAAUCAAUGGAAGCAAGACACCGAGUUUCAGAAGCCUUAGAACGAAAUUACGAAAGACUUCGACUUCGGCGACUCGGCAAAGAACCGCAAGACUGA